GUGAGAGAGUGGAAUGAAUACGAAGAGACCUUGUUCUCAAAAUAGAGUAUAUUCCCUGAAAGAUGUCUGAAGAAGGAGGAUGUGGGGACUUUCAGCUCACUGAAAUUUCUGAGGCCACCUUUCCCAAUGUGCUCAUCUUUCUACGAGAGCACUUCUUCCCUAACGAGCCAUGCGCCAAGGCUCUAGAUUUGUGUCCACAUGGUUACACAAUUCCUGCAUUGGAGCGCUUGGUGACCAAAAUCCUGGAGGAGGGCUUAUCUUUGGCUGCAUAUUUGCCGAAUAACAACAAGAUUGUGGGUUUGAUUCUCCUUAAAAGACAAGUCCCAGAGGAUGGAGACCAAGGCUCUCAGGAAAUUGGGGAAGAUGACAAGGAGAAGAUCAAGUGCUUGGGCAACCCUGUCAAGCUUGAAAAACUUUACAAGUUCUUUGAUGACCUCACCAUGAACUAUGGAAAAUCUAGCAUUUUUGAGGAGCUCAAUGUCAAAGAGGUUUUGGACAUAUUCAUCUUGUGUACAAGCGACGAAAUGUCUGGCAGAGGCGUCGGAACAGCGUUGGUGAAAGAGUCACUUGAUGUUGCCAAGCGACAGAAGCUCCCACUGGUCACAUGUAUGGCAUUGUCAGCCUUUAGCAACCGGAUCUGCGUCAAACUAGAUUUCAAGAAGUUAUUCAGCGUUGAUUAUGGUUCCUAUACUCAAGAUGGCACAACACUUUUUGAAGCGAACAAGAUGAAACCGCAUACAGAAGGGGUCCUUUUGUACAAGUUAAUUCAACAAGUCUAACACCAAUUACAAUUGUCGACAUGCCGCUAAUAGUUCAGCCCAUUCAAAAUAUGUAGAGUCUCUUGUGAAUUAAUGCAUCAUCCUCUGCAUAAAAAGGUGUCUCAUUCAUUAUAAUACUCCAAAAUGUUCGGCAGAUUAUGUUCCAAAUGGAUUAAGCGGAUCUGGACUGGAUUCGUUUAAGUUAUUUGUUUGUCAUCGAGGGAAAAUGAAGUGAUUCAAACUGCCGCGAAAAAAACAGCAGCUGACAUGACUUUGUCUGUUGUAGUAUUCUACAGCCGCUGAAUCCGUUAACAUGGGAACAAUGCAUCGCCGAUUGAAGGUAGCGCCUCUACAUUUCGAAACCAUAACCUCAGAGGCAUUCAGUUGUCCCACAUUUCCGUUAAUAACGGAUGGCUCUCUCUAGGCCUUGCUUCCUUUAUGAUUUAAUCAUAAACGCCUUACGCUGCACGAAAU